CAGGGUCACAGGGUAGAACUUCUGGCGACCCUACAAAAAUACUCCGCACAUUCCCGCAAAAUUGCCACCGGGUGACCCCCUCCCCCCACCGCCCCCACUGCCCCCCGCAUCACCCACUGAGCGACUUCUUGUUCUGGUCACCACCCGGAGGCGGAGUCUCAGGGGAAAGAAAACAGCCUCAGAACCUCCGGGUCCACACUGGGGCCCCCAAGAUGUCUCUGCCACCGCUGCCGCUACUGCUGCUACUGCUGCUGACCAGCGAGCCCGCCGGGGCCAUGCUGAUCCGGAUCCCCCUUCGCAGAGUCCACGCGGGACUCAGGACCCUGAACCCACUGAGGGCAUGGGAGAAGUCAGCAGAGCCCCCCAGGCUGGGGGCCCCAUCCCCGGGGGACAAGACCUUUGUGCCUCUCUCCAACUACCUGAACGUCCAGUAUUACGGGGAAAUUGGGCUGGGAACGCCCCCACAGAACUUCUCCGUCAUCUUUGACACCGGCUCCUCCAACCUCUGGGUCCCGUCUGGGAGAUGCCACUUCCUCAGUCUGCCCUGCUGGCUGCACCACCGCUACCAUUCCAAAGCUUCCAGCUCCUUCCACUCCAAUGAGACCAAGUUUGCCAUUCAAUACGGAACCGGGCGCCUCAAUGGCAUCCUGAGCGAGGACAAACUGACCAUCGGAGGACUCACAGGUGCAUCGGUGAUUUUCGGGGAGGCCCUGUGGGAGCCCAGCCUGGUCUUCGCCUUUGCCCACUUUGAUGGGAUACUGGGCCUCGGUUUCCCCGUUCUGGCCGUGGGAGGAGUUCGGCCCCCGCUGGACAGCCUGGUGGACCAGGGGUUACUGGAUAAGCCUGUCUUCUCCUUCUACCUCAACAGGGACCCCGAGGCAGCUGAUGGAGGAGAGCUGGUCCUGGGUGGCUCGGACCCGGCACACUACAUCCCGCCCCUCACCUUCGUGCCCGUCACAGUCCCUGCCUACUGGCAGGUCCACGUGGAGCGAGUACAUGUGGGCACAGGGCUGACUCUUUGUGCCCAGGGCUGUGCUGCCAUUCUGGACACAGGCACAUCUCUCAUCACAGGACCCACUGAGGAGAUUCAAGCCCUGCAGGCAGCCAUUGGGGGCAUCCCCCUGCUGAUGGGGGAGUACCUCAUCCAGUGCUCGAAAAUCCCAACGCUGCCCCCAGUCUCCUUCCACCUUGGGGGGGUCUGGUUUAACCUCACGGCCCAGGACUAUGUCAUCCAGAUUACUCGGGGUGGCGCCAGUCUCUGCUUAUCCGGCUUCCAGGCUCUGGACAUGCCUCCGCCCACAGGGCCCCUCUGGAUCCUCGGCGAUGUCUUCUUGGGUAGCUACGUGGCCGUCUUCGACCGUGGCGACAGAAAAAGCGAUGCCCGAGUUGGGCUGGCGCGCGCUCGAGCUCGUGGAGUAGGCCAGAGAAGGGGUGGGUUUGCGCAGGCGCAGUUUUCCGGCUGAGGAAACCCCCCCCCCCGUUAGGUGCAUGCGCACUGGGUGAUCGCCGAGGCCCCGCUACUCAGUAAAAAUCCGUUGUUUCCAUUGAACCUA